GAUGACCCACAGCCUGAGGAACAGCAGGGCUUACAGCAGCUGGACUGGCAGCAGCCACAAGAGCCACAGCCUCCCUUGGAUCCCCCAUAGGAGCCACAGCCCCCCUUGGAUCCUCCACAAGAGCCACAGCCCCCCUUGGAUCCCCCACAGGAGCCACAGCCCCCCUUGCAGCCCCCACAAGAGCCACAGCUGGAGCAGGAACAGGCUGGCACACAGCAGUACACGGGCUUGCAGCAGCAGAUGGGCACACAGCAGCUGGAGCCACAGCCCCCACAGCCAGAGCCACAGCCCCCACAGCCGGAGCCACAGCCCCCACAGCCAGAGCCACAGCCCCCACAGCUGGAGCCACAGCUUCCGGAGCAGCCACAACAGCCCAUGUUUCUGGUGGAUAGAGGGUAGAGCAGGUAGAGGAGCAGGAGAGAGCGAGGUGCAGGUGUGGAGCCCCCUGAGCCCAGGCUCUUUAUAUUCCUGUCCAGGGGUCAGGUGGGCCACAGGGGCCCUUCCUAGUUCCUGCUAAAGUACUUUCCCCAGGAAACUUUUUCGUCUCUUGUGUCAUUUAAAAUGACAACAAUACUGUGUUGCCUUGUGACCCACUUCCUUCUCCUACAUAGUUUUCGUCUCUGAACCCUGAGGGCCCAAGUCCUCCCCUCUGAGGACCCCCAGGAAUGAGUAGAGCCUGGUUUACUCCUUCCCUUUUCCUUGGACCCCAGGCUUCUGUCGCUGUUUUCUGUUCCCUUCAGGGCACUGCUGUCACUGACUCGUGCUCCCCAGGGCUCUGUCCUGGCCCCUCUGCCAGGCGAAUGGGCACUGGGAGUUGCCUUUUCUCUCCUUCUCCUCUCUGCCCCUGCUUACUGCAACUCUGAUCUUUCAAUCCUCCUUAAAGGCAUGGAAGGUCUGGGGCUCCUCCCAGCGCUGCUUCCUCUCCGACUUUCUUGGUUGACCACAGAUGCCUUGUGGGGAGGUCCUCAGCUCUUCUGCCCCGCUCAUCUCCAGAGGGCAGCACCUGGCUCCAACCCGGGCAGGAGCCUCACGCCCUCCCGUGGCUCUGGCCCACUGCCUGCCCUGCCCCAGAUUGAGGCACUUCCUGCUGAAACCCUCAAAACAGAGCCUUGGGGAGGAGGUGGCGGGUGGUCGUGGACCAGGAAUCCAGAAAUCUGGGAAUCUCGUCUGAGGUGCCAGCCCUCGGGCAUGGCUUCGCUUUUCCUCCCGUGUCCAGCAGGCCCCUCCCUGCCUCGGUGCAGUCUGCCCCUCCCUCCCCAUCCCAGCAGGCCUUGGCAGCAGCCAGAGCCUCUCCUCUCUGGGAGGGCUGAGCUCUCUCGGGAGCUGAUUCCUUGGAGUUUCUCUAUGUCCUUGCCUCUGGUGGGUUGUAAAACUAUCUGUGCCUUUGUGGAUGCUUUCGGGUUUAUCUGGCUCAUUUUAAUUCAUGUGGUGAGA